UCUUUCCUUCCUUGAGAAGCAUAUAUGGUAUCUGCAACAAAGUCACAAGCGUAUAGUAUGAGGUCAGGUUUGAGUUGGUACUAAUUUAGUACAAGCGCUUAGCAAAGGGAGAUCACUUGGCUAAUUCAACAUGGAUAGCACAGCUCAUAGCUACUGUAGCUUUUACUCCAGUGGUGGCAGAGCAAUGGCCGGCGGCGCGACGCCGGAGGAGGAGUUCUUGCGGCAGAGCUUCCUGGCGCGGCUGGAGCCGCCGUCGCCAUCGCUGUUCCUCGACCUGCCGCCGACACCCGGCGCCGCCGCCGCCGGUGAAGCCGGCCCCUCGUCGUCUUCGUUCGACGACAUGGUGCUCCCUUACAUCUCGCAGCUGCUAAUGGAGGAAGAGGAUAUGGUGGACCACUUCUUCUACCUCUACCCGCAGCACCCAGCGCUCCUCCGCGCGCAGCUCCCCUUCGCCCAGAUCCUCCAAGACAACUCCAGCGCCGGCUCCGCGCCCACGCCGUCCUCCUCCGACUCCAGCAGCCCGGCGGAUUGUCGCCCAGAGCUCCGCGCAGUCCAGAGCUCUGCGCUCCCAGACGGAUUGUUAACUGGCGGCGACCAGGACAUGCUCAACCUGGCCUUCCUCAAAGGCAUGGAGGAGGCCAGAAAGUUCUUGCCGCCCAACACCGGCCUCCCGCCGGUGGCCGCCAAGGCGGAGGAUGGAUUGCUGAAGAAGAAGAGGGGCAAUUCGGAACCGGAGGAGGCGGGCAGGGCCAGCAAAUUGAUGGCGCCGGAGCUGGAGGAGGAAGAGGACGGUGCCCGCGAGCUGCUCGACGAAAUGAUGUUUGACCAAAAUGAGAUAUGCAUGAAGGGUGUACAGAACCUGCAGGUUUCUGAGCCCGUGAAGAAGACUCGGAAUCGGAAGGGGACCGGGCAGAGGGGGCGGCCGAAGAAUGCCUCGGCUGACGAUGAGAUGGUGGACCUGCACACACUGCUCCUGCAGUGCGCGCAGGCGGUGUCCACUGACGACCAACGGGGCGCGGGCGAGCUGCUGAAGAAGAUCAAGCAGAACUCAUCCCCGACGGGGGACGCGGCGCAGAGGCUGGCGCAUUAUUUCUCCAUUGGCCUGGAGGCGCGGCUGGCGGGAAGGGGCAGCGAGCUGUAUGAGUCGCUCAUGACGAGGCGCACUUCCGUCGUGGACGUCCUCAAGGCCAACCAGCUUUACAUGGCGGCUUGCUGCUGCAGGAAGGUGUCAUUCCUUUUCUCCGACAAGACUAUCUACAAUGCUGUGGCAGGGAGGAGCCGGUUGCACAUUGUUGACUAUGGUAUCAAUCUAGGAUUGCAGUGGCCGGCUUUGCUGCGCAUGCUGGCAGCUAGGGAAGGCGGGCCGCCGGAGGUCAGGAUCACCGGCAUUGACCUCCCACAGCCUGGGUUCCGUGGGGCCUACCACAUCGAGGAUACAGGGCGCAGACUCAGCAACUUCGCCCGCGUGUUUGGUGUGCCAUUUAAGUUCCAUGGCAUCGCAGCAAAGCGGGAGACUGUCCGUCCUGAGGACCUGAACAUUGACCCGGACGAGGUGCUUGUGGUGAUCAGUCUCUGCCAUUUCAGGCACUUGAUGGACGAAAACCUCGGGUUUGAUAGCCCAAGCCCCAGGGAUCAGGUCCUCAACAACAUUAAGAAGAUGCGGCCGAAUGUAUUCAUCCACGGCAUUUUGAGUGGCGCGUACGGUGCUACAUACUUCCUGACACGGUUCCGGGAGGCACUGUUCCAUUACUCAGCACAUUUCGACCAGCUGGACGUGACCGUUCCCCGGGACAACCACGGGCGGCUUCUGCUCGAGCGUGACAUCUUUGGGCCGUCUGCCCUAAAUGUCAUCGCAUGCGAGGGUGCAGACAGGGUGGAGCGCCCUGAGACAUACAAGCAGUGGCAGCUGAGGCACCACCGGGCAGGGCUGAGUCAGCUGCCACUGAAUCCAGAGGUUGUUAAGCUUGUGCUGGACAAGGUCAAGGACAACUACCACAAGGACUUUGUUGUCGAUGAGGAUCAGCGGUGGUUGGUGCAAAGGUGGAAGGGGCGUGUGCUCUACGCCCUGUCGGCAUGGGUUGCAGACGAUGCUGCCUAGCUUCUUUUCUCAGGCUAAUUCUGAAUAUAGACAUUGAUAGGUAUAUCCAUGUCUAUAUUUUAGCACUUGGCUCAACACCUGUGGUCUAGUAACUACUAACUAGUACCUAUGGUUCAGUUGACUUCCAUUGCGCCAUUAUCUAGGCAAUUACUUCUACCAAGACCCAGAGUUUGAUCUCAAGUUUUUAGUCAUUUGAUUAUGCUCGUCAUGGCUAGACCUAGGUGUAAAAGUUUUAACUUACGAUUCUUCCGAGAUGUAGUAAUGUUGUAUGCUCUAAAUUGGAUGCUUUGGCCAUCAUGUUGCUGCAAAAUCUGUAACAAUGUACCACAGGACCUGUAGAGUUACGGAAUUAUGUAAUUACAUUGUUUCCUUUUGGGCCGAUGUUGUAUUGGUUAGUCAGACUUGAUGUGCACAUAUUUCUUUCUUAGUAUGAAUAAUUAAAGUUGUGAUUAGCUCGAUCGUA